AUGCAGAAGAGAGAGCAAAGCAAGCAAGGCGGAGCAUCCGGCGGCUCCGCCACUCCGGCCCCCAAGAGAGGCCGCCCAUUCGGCAGCGGAAGCAACAGCGCUUUGGCAGCGGCGGCGGCAACGUCGGGUGAUUCUGCCGCCCCUUCCACUCUCCUCGGCCCCUCGCUUCAAGUUCACUCUGCUUUCGCUGAGCAGAAUAAUAAAAGGAUAGUUUUGGCUCUUCAAAGUGGAUUGAAGAGUGAGUUGACAUGGGCCUUAAAUGCUCUCACGUUGCUCUCAUUCAAAGAAAAAGAUGAAAUUCGUAAAGAUGCAACUCCUCUUGCCAAGAUUCCGGGAUUGCUUGAUGCUCUACUUCAAGUUAUCGAUGACUGGCGUGAUAUAAACCUGCCAAGGGUUCUCAUGAAGAAGCCAAGAGUAAGAUUGCUGGGUACAAAUUCCACUGUUACUGGAUUCGGGAAUGAAUAUGAGACAUUGAGCUCUGGUGAUUCCAUUCCACAACCUAAAUCUGGUUCUGCCAAUAAAGAUGCAUCCGCACGGAAGAUUGCUACCAAGCCUUUCCCUUCAGGCUGGUGGUUUGAGGAAGAUGGCAUCUUUAAUCUGGAUGAAGAAGGGCGGUCAGAAAAGCAGCAGUGUGCUGUUGCUGCUUCAAAUAUUAUUCGUAACUUUUCUUUUAUGCCAGAAAAUGAAGUUGCAAUGGGACAGAAUCGUCAUUGCCUUGAAACAAUGUUUCAGUGCUUGGAAGAUUAUGUCAUAGAGGAUGAAGAGCUUGUCACAAAUGCCCUAGAGACAAUCAUGAAUCUGGGCCCUUUGCUAGACCUUCGAAUAUUUAGCUCAUCAAAGCCUUCAUACAUCAAAAUAACAGAAAAACGUGCAGUCCAGGCCAUCAUGGGAAUGUUGGGAUCUGCUGUCAGAACCUGGCACUGUGCUGCUGCAGAACUACUUGGGCGUUUGAUUCUUAAUCCUGAUAAUGAACCUUUCCUUCUACCAGUUGCUCCACAGAUCUACAAGCGAUUAGUUGAUAUUAUGAGCUUCCCGGCUGGUGAUGCUCAAGCAGCUGCUAUUGGUGCACUAUACAACCUUGCAGAAAUUAAUAUGGACUGCCGGUUAAAACUCGCUAGUGAGAGAUGGGCAGUUGAUCGGCUGAUGAAAGUGAUCAAGACACCACACCCAGUGCCAGAAGUUUGCAGGAAAGCGGCAUUAAUUUUGGAAAAUCUUGUAUCGGAGCCUCAGAACAAGCCCCUGCUGUUAGCAUAUGAAAAUGCAUUUGCAGAGAUGCUUUUCACAGAGACAAGAUACUCUGACACAUUUGCUCGAAUAUUGUACGAAUUGACAUCUCGACCAAGCAAUAAAGUGGCAUCAGCUCGUGGCAUUUGGGGCAUGUAA